AUGUCUUCAUUAAUUAGUUUGAUGAUAAUUGCAUUGAGUAAUGUAGAUGAUGAUGAUGAUUUGGAUGACUUAGAUGAUGAUGAUGACGAUUUGGAUGACUUAGAUGAUGAUGAUGAUUUGGACGAUUUAGAUGAUGAUGAUGAUGAUUUGGAUGACUUAGAUGAUGAUUUGGAUGACUUAGAUGAUGAUGAUGACGAUUUGGACGAUUUGGAUGAUGAUGAUCAUGAUUUGGAUGACUUAGAUGAUGAUUUGGACGAUUUAGAUGAUGAUGAUGAUGAUUUGGAUGACUUAGAUGAUGAUGAUGACGAUUUGGAUGACUUAGAUGAUGAUUUGGAUGACUUAGAUGAUGAUGAUGAUUUGGACGAUUUAGAUGAUGAUGUGGACGAUUUAGAUGAUGAUGAUGAUGAUCAUGAUUUGGAUGACUUAGAUGAUGAUUUGGAUGACUUAGAUGAUGAUGAUUUGGAUGACUUAGAUGAUGAUGAUGACGAUUUGGACGAUUUGGAUGAUGAUUUGAACGAUUUAGAUGAUGAUGAUUUGGAUGACUUAGAUUAUAAUGAUUUAGAUGAUUAA